UCGCUCUCCUAGCGUUUUUCAAACCUCUACUUUGCCGUGUUUGCAUGUUUUCUGUUCGUUUUCUUGUGUAGGAGCUAUCGAAGCUAGCCUUUCUGCUCCCUUCCGGGUAGGCUGUCUCGGGCUCGGUGUAUACCGACGCUGUAGCAUCCCUGCUAGCUGCCGCACAGCGGCUGGCCUUGACGAGACAUCUACGAAGCCCGGAGUUAGCGAUGCAAUGCUAUACAGCUAUCGGACUACUAUUACUGCAGUGAUUAAACAAAAUCACUACCGCUAGCUGAACUCCCAUCUUUUCACAGCAGUCGACUCUUAGUUUGCUCUCAUCAUGUUGCUCGUUGCCCGAUUUAAAGCGUAACAUUGAAACGGUGCAAUCUACCAAACGCGGGGACCCAAGUGAGCUUAAAGCAAUCUUCCAGCAGUAUGCCAGUGUAGAGGGCAAGGAUGGAGAGAGGUUCAUGACCCCAGGAGACUUUGUCCAGACGUAUCUAGGACUACAUACACAGAUUCACCACAACCCCAAAACUGUUCAGGUCAUUGCUGCUGUGGCUGACACCACAAAGGACGGGCUGAUUUCAUUCCAGGAGUUUCUUGCAUUUGAAUCUGUGUUGUGUGCACCGGACGCUCUCUUCAUAGUAGCUUUUCAGCUGUUUGACAAGUCUGGAACUGGAGACAUUUCCUUCGAAAAUGUCCAGGACAUCUUCAGCCAGACCACAGUGCACCACCAUAUUCCUUUCAACUGGAACUGUGAGUUCAUCCGUCUGCACUUUGGACACGACCGCAAAAAACACCUCAACUACCUCGAGUUCACCCAAUUCCUGCAGGAGCUGCAGUUGGAGCAUGCACGCCAGGCAUUUGCCCAAAAGGACAAAGACAAGAAUGGUGUCAUCUCUGCCCUGGACUUCAGUGACAUUAUGUCCACUAUCAGACACCACAUGCUCACCCCUUUUGUGGAGGAGAACCUUGUCUCGGCUGCCGGAGGAAGUACCUCUCACAUGGUCAGCUUCUCUUACUUCAAUGCCUUCAAUUCUCUCCUGAACAACAUGGAGCUAAUUCGCAAGAUUUACAGCACACUGGCUGGCACGCGGAAGGACACACUCGUGACCAAAGAGGAGUUUGUUCAUGCAGCCAACAAGUUUGGUCAGAUCACUCCUAUGGAAAUUGACAUCCUUUAUCAGUUAUCAGGCCUGCACUCUCCCUCUGGGCGCCUGAACCUUGCUGACAUUGACAGGAUAGCUCCACUAGAGGAGGGGUGCCUGCCCUAUCACCUGGCUGAAAGCCAGAAACAGGCCCACGGAGAUGGUUCAAGGUCUGUGUGGCUCCAAAUCGCAGAGUCCGCCUACAGGUUCACCCUGGGCUCCAUUGCUGGAGCCACGGGGGCAACAGCUGUGUACCCCAUUGAUUUGGUAAAGACUCGUAUGCAGAAUCAGAGGUCCACCGGAUCCUUUGUUGGCGAGUUGAUGUACAAGAACAGCUUUGACUGUGCUAAGAAGGUGCUGCGCUACGAGGGCUUCUUUGGCUUUUAUAGAGGUCUGCUUCCUCAGCUCAUAGGUGUGGCACCUGAGAAGGCUAUCAAACUUACAGUGAAUGACUUUGUAAGAGAUAAGUUUACCGAAAAAGAUGACACAAUUCCUCUCUUCGCUGAGAUUAUGGCGGGUGGCUGUGCUGGAGCCUCUCAGGUGAUCUUUACCAACCCUCUGGAGAUUGUGAAGAUCCGCCUGCAGGUUGCAGGUGAGAUCACCACUGGACCUCGCGUCAGUGCACUGAGUGUGGUCCGUGACCUGGGCUUCUUCGGCCUCUAUAAGGGUGCUAAAGCUUGUUUUUUAAGGGACAUCCCCUUCUCAGCCAUCUAUUUCCCUGUGUACGCCCACACAAAGACUCAACUAGCUGAUGAACAAGGCAGGCUGGGACCUUUGCAGCUUCUCACUGCUGGAGCAAUCGCAGGUAUUCCUGCUGCCUCCCUUGUGACACCUGCUGAUGUCAUUAAGACACGUCUACAAGUUGCUGCGAGGGCAGGGCAGACCACCUACUCUGGAGUCAUCGAUUGCUUCAGGAAGAUUUUGAAAGAGGAAGGUUUCCGAGCUUUGUGGAAGGGAGCUGGAGCUCGUAUGUGCCGAUCUUCUCCUCAGUUUGGUGUGACUCUGGUGACGUAUGAACUCUUGCAACGGUGGUUCUUCGUUGACUUUGGCGGACAUCGUCCAUCUGGAUCCGAACCCAAACCCAAGUCUCGAAUCUCAGAGCUUCCUCCCAUCAAUGUGGACCACAUUGGAGGUUACCGCCUGGCUGCAGCUACCUUUGCUGGGGUGGAGAAUAAAUUUGGACUCCACCUUCCCAAAUUCAAGUCGUCCGGUGUGGCUUCCAUACAUCACCCAGCUCAAGCACCGUAGAGGUUUCGAUUUCCAUAUCAUUUCAUCAUCCCUCUUCACAACUACCAGGAGCCAGACACUCAGAUAGACACACAAAUGAAGCACACACUCCACAAACAGAGGUCACUGACUUAGGAACAAACACCACUGGCCCAUUACUCUCUUCAGGGUAAAAGGUGUGCUUCAGUGGCCACUAGCCAGCCAUAGAGGUGGAGAGCUGCCUGCAGCUGUGUACAACAGAGCAGACAGCGAUGGGGACCAGAAUCUCUGACUGUGUUCAAUCUUCAGUGGCUGUAUGCUCCUGUCAGCUCCAUCUUUUCUGUUCUUCUCAAAACGGAGCCUUGGGCACUCCUCUGUCUCUCAUGAUAUGAUUUUCAUUUUGUUUUCUAUCUGAUACUCAGUAUGAGCAGGACUUCUCUUCUUGGACAGCGGGUAUAGAAAAUAUUAGAUUGAUCUGCAUGGUAUGUGGGGCUUCACUGUCAACCUGUCCUCAUUCAGGAGGUUUGAUACUGUACAUAUUGUAUAACUGUACUGACCAGAUGUUACGAGAGAGCUCCAUAACAUUCAGUCAACAUCACGGCUCAGUAACUGUAAUGUUAUGGCACUGUGGGGCUUUGGGUCCUCGCCUCUGAGAAUCACUCUUACUGAUGUACAGAACUUUUCAAGUGUUUUCUUGAUUAAAAAGAAGAAUCAUGAGCAGAGAAUUAGUUAUUAAUAAAUUAAGUGUAUCUCAUUUGAGUCAUUGUAUUUUAAUGAAAUAAAUCAUCCAUAUGGUUUUAAUUUUA